GAAGCUAAUAUUCUUGGAAAAUGGGCUCAAGUGCAUAUCCGCAAGAAGCCAAUGAGGCAGGCUCAACCAAGUCCUCAAUUUCAUCCACUCCAACCGAGAACAGCCCUCUACUGCCCAAUAAGGUCGAAGGCGAAACCACCUCAAAAAAUGAGUUCUGGUGGCUUCUGACCAACAGUCUACCCAUCGUAGGCACAUACUUACUCCAGAACUCCCUUCAAAUGGCCAGUAUCUUCACUCUUGGCCAUUUGGGGCCUACACAAUUGGCUGCAUCUGCGCUGGCCAGUAUGUUCGCUAGUGUAUCCGCAUGGAGUGUAGCAUUCGGCACAGCUACUGCUCUUGAUACACUUUGCUCUCAGGCCUGGACUGGUGCCCACGACAAAAAGCUGCUCGGUGUUCAUCUCCAGAGAGCAUUAAUCAUCCUUGCUAUGUUAUUUAUUCCUAUUGCCGUCAUCUGGUGGAAUGCGACCCGCAUCUUACUUGCGCUUGGCCAAGAAGAAGAAUUGGCUUUGCAUGCAGGCAUGUUUCUGCGUGUUCUUAUUAUCGGUGCCCCUGCCUUCAUUGCUUUCGAGGCAGUCAAGAAAUUUUUGCAGGCCCAGGGUAUCAUGCGUGCCUCGACCUAUGUUCUGUUCAUCGCUGCCCCACUCAACCUUAUUAUGAACUAUGCGUUUGUCUACCAAGAACCUUUCAACCUUGGUUUCAUUGGUGCCCCUCUGGCUACCAGCGUAAGCUAUUGGGUCAUGCUUUUGCUUCUUCUUGGUUACAUUAGAUGGUUCUCCAAGGCAAGCGAAGCUUGGGGUGGAUGGACUCGCGAGUGCUUGACUGGAUGGUGGCCAUUUUUGCGUUUGGCUAUUCCUGGUGUAUUGAUGGUCUGUAGUGAAUGGUGGGCAUUUGAAUUGGCUGCUUUGGCUGCUUCUUAUCUUGGUACCGUUGAUCUUGCUGCACAGUCAAUUGUACUCACUUCUGGAUCGGCUGCUUACACAAUUCCUUACGGUAUUUCCAUUGCUGCUUCCAACCGUGUUGGAAACGCACUCGGUGAGGGUAAUGCCUACAAAGCGAAAACUGCAUCAAAGAUGGCCAUGGUCUUUGCCGCCGCAUUUGCCUCAAUCAACUCCCUCUUCUUUAUGAGCACUCGUAAACAUUUCGGAUACAUGUUCACUUCCGACCCCGAGGUUGUUGCUCUUGUAGCAAGUAUUCUGCCAUUCUGCGCAUUUUUCCAGCUUGCUGACGGACUUUCUGGUGUCUGUGGUGGCGUGAUCCGUGGUUUGGGUCGCCAAAAAGUGGCUGCAUGGAUCAACCUGUUCUCUUAUUAUGUUAUUGCCUUGCCUAUUGGUGCAUUCUUGACCUUUACAGCUGGCUGGAGAUUGUAUGGCCUGUGGACUGGAUUGUCCUUGGCCUUGUUUAUCGCCGCAUUGGGCGAGAUUAUCUUCUUGCGUAUCAUUAACUGGGACGCAGAAGUAGAAAGAAUUCUUGAGCGUGUACAUCAUGAAGAAGAUGAAAUUCACGAACACGAAGAAGCAGCCUUGCACGAGGAUUAAAAAAAAAGCAUAUAUAUAUACAUUUAUACACAAAGAUUCCCUUCUUCCUUAUUUUUUUUCCCGUCUUUGAUACUACUUAUCAUUAACGUAAUAUUCAUCCAUACUUCAUUUGUUAUCCUUUAUAUAAAUCUACCGUUAUUGAAAUAAAUCUAACUUUUUCAUUUUACAUCCCAACCAAAUAAUAAAAUCAUGCGUAUAUAUAU